CUUUUUAAGGAUUUGCAGCCUCGUGACAAUAUGAGCCAAGCAGAUACAAAGACAGAUAUCUGUAAUAAAACGGGAGAGCAGAUGCCAACAGCCAGGGGAAAGGAGUUUCUCCUCAAAUAUUUGGUGACCAUGUGGUUUGGCUGAAGGGAAGAACGUUUAUGAACACAACAGAAUAUUGGCAUCAGAAUGUCCUAGAUAUCUGAAUCCUAAGGGACUGACCGGGCUGGACAUCAAACCAAGAUUCUGAUAAAAGGAGAUAACAGAGAUUGGCCAAAGAAGGAAAGGUGCUUUGCUUAGCCUGAGUCAGAUGUACCGAGAGACGCUUAGGAAGCAGCUAACUCAGGAAGUUUUGAGCUCGUGAAAAGUGGACACGACUUCUCCAUUCGGCAUUGAAUUUGGUAUUGAUCUGCUGCAGCAGCUUGUGAAACAGAAGCACGGGAGUACGGACUGAGCAGAACCAGGAGGGCAGUAAUUACAAUAUUUUCAAACAGUGGAGGGUGUGUGUGUGUGGGUGAGACUAUCAAAUAAAUCCUUCUGGGAAAGAAAGCAUCAACAAGCUGCCAAGACUGUUGAUAGGACCCAUUCUCAUGCCUCCAACGGUCGGGUGAGAGAAUGAAGACCCAGAAACCUUGAGCAGCUUCUUGUUGUUGUCAAGGGUCAUUGGAUGACAAAUGGGACAGGAACCUACAAGAAUGAUACAUGUUGUGGGCCAAAUUCGUGGAACCAUUUAACAUCCGACAUUCCGACUUGAGCUGGGAAAACCACAGGCCUAUUCGAGGGAUGAUAAAAGCACUAGGAAUUGUAUGUUCUGCCUUGAUCUUUUCAAGAUGGAAUUCGGAGGGUGAAAAAAUGAUUUUGCCUCUGGAUGGCUGUGAAAGAAUCAGGAAUACUGCAGAGCUGGAGAGAAGGAGCUAAUUGUAGUAUGCUCCCUUUAAGAGGGAAACGAGAUUAGAACUUUGGCAAAUUUUCGGCUUCUAUUCAGAGGGAAAGAGAAGAGAUGGCAGUGUCCAAAAAGAAAAAAAAAAAAAAAAAAAGGAUGCUGUCAUGAGACAAAAGCAAAAGCAAUUUUAUACCUUAUUGAAAGCUUACCUGGGUGUGUUUUUGUGGGUUUUUUUUUUUUUUUUUCAAAACUCCUCUGGGGUUAAGAACAUUUUUUUGCCCUCUUAAAACUAAAGGAGCUAGGGGAAAGGACUUGAAUCUGAGCGAGUGGCGCUGUCAGUUCUGUUCUGUCUUGGGAAGUACACGAGGAAGAGAAACUUCCUGGGAAGAAAGAGAGGACACGGCCGGCGCUGAAGGGGAGGGUCUGCGGCAUUCAGUAUGUUUUAACUGAAAACUUAAAUCAACAAAUAGCAACAGAACUAUUCCUUGUACAAAAUCCACCUGGAUGCCAGAAGGACAGAGGAAAGGAUGAGCUAUUACGGCAGCAGCUACCCGAUUGUAAACGUGGACCCCAAAUACCCAGGCUACGCCCAAGAGCACAUCCUAGCUGAGAAGAGAAGAGCCAGAAGACGUCUGCUCCACAAAGAUGGUAGCUGCAACGUGUACUUUAAGCACAUUUUUGGAGAAUGGGGGAGCUACGUGGUUGACAUUUUCACUACUCUUGUAGACACCAAGUGGCGCCAUAUGUUUGUAAUAUUUUCUUUAUCUUAUAUUCUCUCCUGGUUGAUAUUUGGCUCUAUCUUUUGGCUAAUUGCCUUUCAUCAUGGCGAUCUGUUAAAUGAUCCGGACAUCACGCCUUGCGUUGACAACGUCCAUUCCUUUACAGGGGCGUUUUUAUUCUCCCUUGAGACCCAGACCACCAUAGGUUAUGGUUACCGCUGUGUCACCGAAGAAUGCUCAGUGGCAGUGCUCAUGGUGAUUCUUCAAUCCAUCCUGAGCUGCAUCAUAAACACCUUCAUCAUCGGAGCCGCCUUGGCCAAAAUGGCAACUGCUCGAAAGAGAGCCCAAACCAUUCGGUUUAGCUAUUUUGCCCUCAUAGGCAUGAGGGAUGGGAAGCUUUGCCUCAUGUGGCGCAUUGGUGAUUUCCGGCCAAACCAUGUGGUAGAAGGCACAGUGAGAGCCCAACUUCUCCGCUACACAGAAGACAGCGAAGGACGAAUGACCAUGGCAUUCAAAGACCUAAAGUUGGUCAACGACCAGAUCAUCCUUGUCACGCCCGUAACUAUUGUUCAUGAAAUUGACCACGAGAGCCCUCUGUAUGCCCUUGACCGAAAAGCGGUGGCCAAAGAUAACUUUGAGAUUUUGGUGACAUUCAUCUACACUGGUGAUUCCACGGGCACUUCCCACCAAUCCAGAAGUUCCUAUGUUCCGCGAGAAAUUCUCUGGGGCCAUAGGUUUAAUGAUGUCCUGGAAGUGAAGAGAAAGUACUACAAAGUGAACUGCUUACAGUUUGAGGGGAGCGUUGAGGUAUAUGCUCCCUUUUGCAGUGCCAAACAGCUAGACUGGAAAGACCAGCAGCUCCACAACAUGGACAAAGCCCCCCCAGUCCGAGGAUCUGGCACGUCAGACACCACGGUCAGAAGAAGGUCGUUUAGUGCCAUUGCCAUUGUCAGCAGUUGUGAGAACCCAGAGGAGACCAUCACCUCCGCCGUGGAUGAGUGUAAGGAAGCACCUUAUCAGAAAGCUGUCUUGACUUUAAAUAGAAUUUCUGUAGAAUCCCAAAUGUAGUUCCAAUUGUGAUGACCAGAACCCCCACUACAUCAUUUUACUCUGUAGCCCAUCACUUUAAGGCAAGUAGUUAUAAGCAGGGCUUUUAAGGAAUGGUACAGCUACCAUUUAGAGCAGGUUAAAUCUGGUGAAAGAUCAUCUAAAAAUUAUAUAGCAUCCGAUCGUUUAAACUUUUUUGUGUGUUAGCAAAUUUGAUAUUAGGGAUGCUAUUCAGAGCCUAAUUGAUUAAUUUAAAUUUCACCUCCUUUUCUUAUAUCACACACUUGCAUCUUUAGUUGCAGGUGUCCUAUCUGGUAAAGGAAACAAAGGCAGGAUACUGGCAUAAGGAAGACAGGCAGCCAGCAUGAAUAACUAAUUUUUAAAUGUAUCAACAUGUAUAGUAGUUUCCUGGAAAAAGUCACGUCUUUCUAACCAAGAUAGGCAAGAUAUGCAUCCAGUAGAUUGUUAACAUUGAGAUAUUUAACUGAAAUCACCUGGCAGGCUCAGGUCAGCAUUUGCCCCGUAGGGUGUCUUGGUAUCCACAGAAAGAGGUAGUGACUGUGAGGUAGAGACACCUGCCACUUGGGCAGGUUAAUGAUUGAAGAGUGCUAGAAGCUGUUUUUGUUUCUUCUAAUUCAUACGGCAGGAAAAAAGUUGUCAUUAUUCAGAACAGUAUUUCUCUCUCAAACACCCUGAGUGACGGCAGCAAAUGCCUUUAUAUGGAAGAGCAGAAAUAAGGCAACGGUGACAUUUCUAGCUUCUCGAGCAAGGGGGCUUCCUCUGCCCAACCCCAUCUUCUCCAAAGACAACUUGAAGAUAGGAUCGCAGAGAUGGGAUGAGGGAAGGGGCGGCAGUGGGAAACAUUUCUCAGACAACUGUGCUGUGUUCUGAAGACUAUAGCUGCUUUUGCUUGCUAUGUAAGAGAUGGAACCAUUAUUUUGGGGGGGGGGGGCGGGGAGAGACGUAGGGGGACAGCAAGGGGAAAGAAAUGUAUUUGUGCCCAGAAGCAGUUAAGUAUAUCUUCUGCCUUGGUCACUCUAUAAGACAUAAAUGACUUGAAUUCUAGAUUUUCAGCAACUCUGCCAUUGAACUUGGAACAAUCAUUUAAAUGGAAGAUUUUGUGAAACAUAAUGAAGGUGAUUUUUCUGCACAUUAUUAAACAGAUAAGCUAGGUGUUAUGGAAUUGCUUACAUUGGGGGAAGUAAAUCUGUAUGCUCUAUUUCUGUGUCAAAAGAUGUUAAUCAUGAUUAUUUUAAGCCCAAUUUCCUAUGAGUAAAGUCACUUUCAGCUUUAUAAAUUGAACAGUUGUUAGCUUCAUUCAGAAUUAAUGUGUUUCUUUACUCGCUUUCUUUUUUCUUUUUCUUUCUUUUUUUUUUAACAUUGUUGUUGAGGGGACAAUAAGCAUAUGCCACAGAUUUUCCUUUGCUUAUUUUAUUUAAAUAUAUGUACACACAAAUUGUUUUUGCAGUUUCUGGAAACACUCCCCCCCCCCAAUUUAAAUGAAAGCUUACAAGUAAAUUGAACUGAAUCAUAGUCUGCGAUUAUCAAUCAAAGUAAAAUGUGUAGGUAUGUAAAGAGUUCUUCUCCUUUUUAUUUUUAUUUUUCCAUCAUCCAUUCCUCCCUUUCUUGCUUUCCCUCUUUCUUUCUUUUGACCAUGAGCACUGAAGUAACUUUUUUAAAUGCAUGUGUGCAAAUCUUUUAUUCCUGUUGUUUUAUGGAUAAGAGAUUCAUUCAGGUCCCAGGUGGUAAAACUGUCCUGAAGCUUAAUAUCAGAGAUCUAAAAAGAGUGCAUUUUUUUCUGUCUUGCUCCAGAAAUGCAAAACCCAUUUUUAAAAUUACACAUGCCUCGUCGAUUCAGAUUUUGUAGCAACAAUUACUCAGCUAAAUUAGAAGGCCACCAUCUACCAAGUAGAAAUCUACCGCCACUGCGACAAACCCAGAGGCUCUCCCCCACCUCCAACCCGACUUUCUAAGAUUGUUUCACACACCUCCAGUUUCAUUUCAUUUGGCUUUGCUUCCUGGACUCUGCCAAACCAGGAUUCGCAUUUUGUUAGUAUCAGAAUAGAACUGUCGAUAUCCAAUAAUUACAUUUCCCUGUGCUAUGCAUUUCCACCGGUUAAAUCCUCUUACCCCGAGUACAAUGUAAAAUCCGAGUUCCCUUGUCACAUUUAUCUCAAUUUUCUGUUUAGACUCAUAACACACUCUGAUACCCCCGAUGAGUUACUUAAUAAUAAAGAUCUUAAGUAAUGCA